AUGCCGCCGGCGAAAAAGAGGCCAUGUAGUAUUUGUGGUGAAGCUGGUGAUGGCGCACAUUUCGGAGCUGAAGCCUGCAGGGCAUGCGCGGCAUUUUUUCGACGAAGUGUUGCGCUGAACAAAAACUAUGUUUGCCGAGCAUCCGGUAACUGUGUAAUACAAUCAAAUGUGCGAUGCAUGUGUAGAAGCUGCCGAUAUACCAAAUGUCUGGCUGUCGGCAUGCGAAAAUCUGCUGUUCAAAAAAAUCGAGAAGUGAAUGAGAAAUCGGUCAUGACGACAAUGGAAAGCAAAUUUAGUUAUUUGAUGAACACAUUUCCAAUGGAAAUAGAUCUGGCACCAGAGAACAACGGAAUGUAUUUAUUAACAAAACUAAACAAAAAUUAUGAAAAAAUGAAUACCAUACGAAGAGUGAUUCAUCACAGGAAUGGAAACAAUUUAUUUGUGAAUCCGAAACCUCGUGCUCUUCAUUACAAAGAAGCCAACAUUAUUCAUACCAAAGAGAUAAAAUUAGUGUUAGAUUGGCUAACAAACUCGUAUCCAGAGUUUGAAGCACUUCCUAUUGAUCAAAAAAAGUUGUUGUACAAAAAUUUUUUCCUGCCAUUUAUGAUUCUCGAAUCCGGAUAUCAUUGCUGUUUCAACGAUAACACGGACUUAAUAAUUUUACCAUCCGGUGACUAUAUUGACACAACACGUCCAGAAACGUUUUAUAGCGCUGAGAAAGAACAUAUUUUAAUAACCUCCGAAGAUGCCAUCAGAAUUUUCAAACCAUCAUUUGACAUUUAUCGAAAAAAUGUACUUGAGCCAAUGAGGUCGCAAAAGGUCGAUAAUUUCGAGUUCUUCACUCUUUGUUCAUUAGUUCUUUGGGAUCAUGGUCUGGAAGAUCAAAGUGACUUCUGUGUUGAUGUUUCAAGAUCGAUGAGAGAAAGAAUACUCAAGGAAAUACUAUAUUAUUAUAGAAACGUGCGUUUGAUGGAAGACCCGUCAAUGCGCCUAGCAAACCUAUUAAUUCUACUUCCAGCUGUUCAACGGUCAGUAAGACGAUUCCAAGAAGACGUUGAAAUCACACAUGUAUUCAAUGUUUGUAGUCUCGAGGAGAAUUUUUACAAUUUGAUAAACGGAAGGAUCUCUGAUAAUCUUUUCCCAAGUCAAGAAGGUAUGACAAUGAAAACCAAAGUUGAAUGGACUUUCCAGCAAACUAUCAAACUCAAAAUCACUUACCCGCCAUUAUGCUUCCUACGAGCACUUCGGACCUAG